AUGAAGCGCAUUGUAAGGAAUUGUCAAACGCUCGCUCGUAGCUUUCGAUACAAGUCUGGGAAUGGGAGCAAGUGGACACGUUGGCGAUUUGCUUCUGCAGCUCUAGCAGGAGCUGGAGCGUUUGUGGUUCACCAAGGCUUCUCACCAAACACCAGCAUUGAUAUCCUCGCAAGGGAUGACAAUGCUCAUUAUCAAGUCCACACUGAUCACAAAUUGACGAAGCGAGAGCUACGGUUCCUACAGUUUGCUUCUAUUGAAUAUGAUGACGUCAUCUACAUGAGUCCCAUGGAUUUCAUUGAUUCGCUGACACUGGAUGCACCACGAGAACGCGUGUACAGGAGAGUACUGAAGGAGAAAGAUUUGAAAGAAAUGCUCAAGUGUACUCCAUCUUUCCGCUCAGGAAACAAGGAAUUAUUCCGCUCACUUGACCAGAAUGGCAUCAUCUCCUAUUCAGAA